UAUAGAUAUAUUCUGCUUAUAUAUAGAUACGGAUAUAGAGAGAGAAAAACGCAGAUUUCUAUAUAAACCCAUGGAUGCCAAAUCCAAUGUUUCUCAAAUUUGAGAAAAUAGGGUGAGGUUUUUGUUGCAAGAUAGAGGGAGAGAAAGAGAAAAUGGCGGAUUCAAGCGAUUCUAUCUCCAUUGACAUGGAAACGAGCUCUCUCGCCGGAAAGGAACACCUUGUAAAAACUUCCAGUGGAUUUGUUUCUGUUGCCAUAUAUGGAGACCAAGAGAAGCCAGCUCUUAUUACAUAUCCUGAUUUAGCUUUAAAUCAUAUGUCUUGUUUCCAAGGUCUUUUCUUAUGCCCUGAAGCAUUUUCUUUACUGAUUCAUAAUUUCUGCAUUUACCAUAUUAGCCCCCCUGGCCAUGAGUUGGGAGCUGCAGCAAUGUCAUAUAGUGAUCCAUUGUUAUCUGUUGAUGACUUAGCUGAUCAGGUUGCUGAGGUUCUUGACUAUUUUGGACGUGGUGCGGUUAUGUGCAUGGGAGUAACAGCUGGUGCAUAUGUACUCACCUUGUUUGCUAUAAAAUAUACACGGCGUGUGCUUGGACUCAUACUUGUUUCUCCUGUAUGCAAAACACCUUCAUGGACAGAAUGGUUGUGUAACAAGCUUAUGGGAAACGUACUUUAUUACUAUGGGAUGUGUGGUUUGAUAAAGGAGUUACUUCUAAUCCGAUACUUCAGCAAGGAAGUUCGUGGAGGAGCUAUAAUUCCAGAAACAGAAAUUGUUCACUCGUGUAGAAAAUUGCUUAGUGAGAGGCAGGGUCCAAAUGUGUUCAACUAUCUUGAAGCUAUUAACGGGAGACCAGAUAUAACGGAAGGAUUAAAGAGGCUGCAAUGUCGUUCCCUGAUCUUUGUGGGAGAAAAUUCUCCAUUCAAUUCGGACUCUCUCCACAUGACUUCAAAACUCGAUAGAAGAUUCAGUGCAUUGGUAGAGGUUCAGGGAUGUGGAUCGAUGGUAACGGAGGAGCAACCAGAUGCGAUGUUGAUACCAUUGGAAUAUUUUCUGAUGGGGUUUGGAUUUUAUAGGCCCUCACAGAUGGAUGUUAGCCCAAGAAGCCCGUUAAGCCCAAGUUCUAUUUCACCCGAGCUUUAUACACCGGAAAGUAUGGGGUUAAAACUGAAGCCCAUUAAAACCCGACAUUCACAAAUGUAAUAAUGUGAUUGGUUUGGUUGGUAUGUUUGCAAGAUUUUUGUAAUUCUAUGUAUCUCAGUGACGUGUGAGGAUCCGAUUAGUAGUGUUUGCAUAUUAUAUAGGGGAAGAAGAAUGUUUGGAAGGGGGAGGUAUAUAGAUAUAUAGGACACAAAAUGAUAGAGAAAGAGAGUAAGAGAGAGCAAAAGAUUGAAAAUUGUUUUGAAAAGAUUUAAGUAGAAAAGGGAUAGUAUCGUGUAUAUCUUUCAAAUAAAAUGUUGUUAUAUACUCUAUUAUUAUGCCUAUUAUGGUGAAAAAGAAAUUAAUAAAUUUGAAGGUGAGAGGGGAA